AUGUCUAUAGCAAGUUAUGCCCAAGAGUUGAAGUUGGCUUUACAUCAAUAUCCAAACUUCCCUAGUGAAGGUAUUCUGUUCGAAGACUUCUUGCCCAUUUUCAGAAAUCCAAGUCUUUUCCAGAAGUUGGUCGACGCUUUCAAACUACAUAUAGAAGAAACUUUUUCGGAAGUUAAAAUUGAUUAUAUUGUCGGGUUGGAAUCUCGUGGGUUCUUGUUUGGACCAACUUUAGCUUUGGCUUUAGGUGUUGGUUUCGUUCCAGUUAGGAAAGCAGGUAAGCUACCUGGUGAAUGUGCUAAGGCUACGUACGAAAAGGAGUACGGUACUGAUGUUUUUGAGAUACAGAAAAACUCUAUUCCAGCAGGUUCUAAUGUCAUUAUCGUUGAUGACAUUAUUGCCACUGGUGGUUCUGCUGCUUCAGCUGGCGAAUUAGUUGAACAACUCGAAGCCAACCUUUUGGAAUACGAUUUUGUCAUGGAGUUGGAUUUCUUGAAAGGUAGAGGUAAGCUGAACGCUCCAGUGUUCACUUUACUGAACGCUCAAAAGGAGGCUUUGAAGAAAUGA